GCCUAUAAAGGUCGCCCGUGAACUCGAGGGAGUGUCAUUCAAACACCAGAGCUCAGGGAGUAAGGAUGCCUGCUUCACCAACGGGGUUUGGAAACUUCUUUAUGGACAGGAACUUCAACAUGCCCGCUGGAUAUCAAUUAUUGGGCUGCCCGCCAGGAAGGCAACAGCCACCCCCUCAUCUUGUGGGGAUGACUGGGGUUCCCUUACCUUUCUCAGGAAUACCGGGAUACAGUUUCAUCCCUUAUCCUCAUCCGGGACGCAUAGCAAACAUUAGUAAUUCCUAUGACCUCAAGGCUGCAUCUCCGUGUCACCAAGUUCUCCUCGGACGUGGGGGACCCUAUUACACUCCAUAUCGUCCCAUGCCAGCUGAUGACCCGAGUAGGGUCACCAAAGUGGCCACCAGAGAGAGCACCAGCGCUUUGAAGGCCUGGCUCAGCGAACACCUGAAAAACCCAUAUCCCACCAAAGGUGAGAAGAUCAUGCUCGCCAUCGUCACCAAAAUGAGCCUCACGCAGGUGUCGACGUGGUUCGCCAACGCCCGGCGCCGCCUGAAGAAGGAGAACCGGGUCAGCUGGGCCUCCAAAGGAAAGUCCGACGAGGAGGAGGAGGAUGAGGAAGAGGAGGGUGAGAGCGAAGAGGAGGGGUCUUUGAGGAAAGGCACGGAGGAUGAAGAUGAAAUCGAUCCUCAAACGGUUGAUGAGGAGGAGGAGGAGGUUGUCGCGGGGUCAAAGUCGGUCGAGGACCGUUUAGCGGAAGGAAUGGAUCAGCAAAAGGAAAGUGACAAGUCUGACACGUCGUGUGAGAGCAAAAAAGAGGUGUGUAAACAAAACGUCGAGGUCCAGAAACCUAAAAUCUGGUCUCUCGCGGAAACCGCGACUUCAGAUAUCGUCAAGAAACCCAGCGAUCUGAAACAUCUCCACAGGCCAGACUUUGGGAAGUGGUGGGCUGGAUGGCCUUCAAGGGACUCCUACUCGCCCGUGAACCUCUCCACACAUGACCUGCUCAAACAAAGUCAAUGAAACCCUUAAUUCAAGACAUUAUAGACUGAAUUUUGCACUUUGAAAACCAUUGGGAACGUUUUGUUGUGGAAGUUUGCAUACAAGAUUUAAUCCAAUGCCUGGUUUAAAAACCAAAGGAUUGUGUAAAUAUUGUACAGUUAUUUUGUUUAAAUUAUAAAUGCAUUUACCUGCUGACUUAUUUUUGCUAAAAUAAAACGUUGAAAAAUUUAAAGGUUUUGGUCAUGGUC